AUGGCUGACCCAACUGAGUCUACUACGCAUGGUCUUGAUUUGUUGGGACCUUUCCUUAUUGAGGCGAAGACAUCAGGUGAAAACGGUUGGCGCAAAGAGUAUCGAACUUAUACAACCUUCAUCGGCUGUAGUGGAAGUCCUGACAAAGAGACCUUGCGAUAUGAAAUUGUAGCUCGCGGUUUCAGUCAAGCUAAUUUCAUGCUUGAAGCCCAACACAUCUAUUUUUUGAGAGGUAGUUUUUUCCCAACUACUGAUGCUCAAACAGAUGAUAUAAUCUUCUUCAAAGCUUCAGACCGAGUGUUACUCAAUUCUGAAGAUGCCUUCGUUGGCGAUUUAGUUGAUGUGGUUGGAGUCACUGGAGUCGGAAUUGUUUGCAACAUCACCAUCGUUAUCGAACCAGCUCGUGGAGGCCUUAUGAAAAACCCCAAGGAUGAGAACAAGCCAACGACUAUUGUAACUGUUUUACACUCCAAUUUCCAUCCUCCUACCAAAGAAUCAGCUCAAUUUACAGCCAAAUAUCGCAUCCCUCCAACUCCAAACCUAGCCGGUACACCUAAAAUACUGAAAAUUGGUAGAGAAUUUCAAUUCCAUGGUUUCAUUAAGGAUUACGACUCCACUAAUUUCCGCUACAUCGUAAUUGCCAACAAGGUUUCCCCCACAAAUGGCAGCAAAGAAUAUGAGGUUAGCAGUAAUGGUGUCAAGGUAAAAACUGAAGAUACCAAACCGUUCAACUUAGUGAACAAACCCAAAAAAUUCAAUCCUAAGGAUUUGAAGUCGUCAUUUAAAUCCUCUGUUACGUCCACUGAAUCUGAAUCAUCACCCAGUCUGCAAUUUGCACCUUCUGACUUCGGACCCGAGUCAUACCAAUCAGCUUCUUCGAGUGCCGCUAUUCCCUCAGGGUCAAGUACAUCCCCUGAGAAAGUUACUCCAAAUGAAAUUUGCAUUGAGGCAUAA